AUGCCGAACCCAAAAGUUUUCUUUGAUGUAUCAAUCGGUGGUGGUGCAGCAAGAAGAAUAGUGAUGGAGUUAUUUGCAGAUAUAACUCCAAAGACAGCUGAGAAUUUCAGGUGUCUAUGCACAGGAGAGAAGGGUAUAGGGCGAAGCGGAAAGCCUCUUCAUUAUAAAGGAUCAUCAUUUCAUCGUAUAAUACCUCAAUUUAUGUUACAAGGCGGUGACUUCACAAGAGGUAACGGUACAGGAGGCGAGAGUAUAUACGGCGAGAAGUUUGCCGAUGAGAACUUUAAACUUAAGCAUGAUAAGCCUUUUCUUCUUUCUAUGGCCAACGCCGGGCCUAAUACAAACGGCUCUCAAUUCUUUAUUACUACUGUUGUUUGCGACUGGCUAGACGGCAAGCACUGCGUCUUCGGAUGCGUCUCUGAAGGACAAGACGUCGUUAAAGCAAUUGAACAGGUUGGGACUGCUUCUGGGAAGCCGAAGCAGCAAGUUGUUAUCGUCGACUGCGGACAGCUGUCUUAA